AUGGCGUCGGCGCGAUACAACAAGAGGCAGUCCAGAGCCCUUUGCGGCGCAGUCCACGCUCCCUCACGAAACGGACAUUCAUACCAGGCCGAUGCGACUCUUCGGGCUGCACAUACGAUUGCAGCACAAACGAGUGCGUUAACCGCGGGACUCGUGUUGAAUCGCAAGCUCACCGUCUUCCAAACUCACACGCGUCGCGGACGCGGCCUGCGCACCGACGAGGAUCUGCCGGAAGACGUCUUCGUCGGCGAGAUCAAGGGCGUGAUGCGCGACAUGCGGGAUUCGGACGGGGACCGGAGCGGCUCGCACUUCCGCGUGGCCCUCAGCAACGGACGCGAGCUGGACGCGACGCACGUAAACUCGCAGGCGCGCUACAUCAACCACACGUGCGGCGAGCCGAACUGCGGGACUGAAGAGUGGGAGGGGGCUGACGGCAGGGUGCACGUCGCCGUGUUCACCCUCAUGCCGGUGAAGGCUGGCACGGAGCUGACCUUCAAGUACCACGAUUGCACCCAGGCUGGGAUGGAGGAGCCGAAGGCGCCGCCGCCACAACAAUCAAACGACGACGAAAUGUGUCUGUGCGGGAGCGACAACUGCUGCGGUCUGCUAUAG